AUGAGGGGGCGCCAGUGGCUCCGGAAACGGGUUGAGGUUGUCUGCACUGGCCGCUCCGCAAACACAGUGUGUGCGGGCGUCAGGGCAGCAGGUCUGGUAGAGAAAAGUCCACCGCCAUCCCUCUCCCGAGUGGGGCGGAGGUUUCGGUUCUGUGGUGAUGUGGACUGUCCUGACCGGGUCCUGGCAGAGAUCAGGACGCUGGCCAAGAUGUCCUCUGUGAACUUGCGGCUGCUCUGCAGCCAGGUACUAAAGGAGCUACUGGGCGGGAUUGAUUAUGAGAAGAUCCUGAAGCUCACGGCUGACGCCAAGUUUGAGUCAGGCGAUGUGAAGGCCACAGUGGCAGUGCUGAGUUUCAUCCUCUCCGAUGCGGCCAAGCACAGUGUCGAUGGCAAAUCCUUGGCCAGUGAACUGCAGCAGCUGGGGCUGCCCCAAAGCUACUCCAUUCUACCCCCAGAGCACGCGGCCAGCCUGUGCCGCUGUUAUGAGGAGAAGCAAAGCCCCUUGCAGAAGUACUUGCAGGUCUGCAGCCUACGCAGUAAGUAUGAGGCCAGCCAGGGUCCAGGCUCAUCCUAG